AGCGGUGCAACCGUUUUGCUUCCGCAUCCAGAAAAUGCAGCCACAAGGACGGCGUUGUUUCGUUCGGACGUGGUUCGGGUCCGAACUCUCCAACUUUGGUCGUCAAAAGGGGUUGAACGUAAAGACGACGUAUCUGUGAUUGUGAGACUAUCAGAUGAUCGGAGCUGCUGCUGUUCAGAAGAAUUUGGUGUUCUGGAGAUCUGAGCUACAGCAGGAACAUGUCUUCAGAAGCUCAGAGAGAGUCUGUCAGCGAGCACCUUUCUGCUGAUGAAACCUUCAGACUCUGUGAAGGAACCAUCGUCCAGAAUGAGGAGAACCCCGAGCUUCAGCUCCACCUUAUAGUCCUCCCCCAGGAUUGGGGGAUAGAAGAGGAAGAUCUCCGCAACCAGCAGAGGAACUUCAGAGUGGAACAGAAUGAUCCAGAAACUACACAGACUAAAGAGGAACUGGAAGAACCAGAACUUCUACAGAUUAAAAUGGAGCAGGAAGAACAAGAACCAGUACAGAUUAAAGAGGAACUAGAGGAACCUGAACCUCCACAGAUAAAAGAAGAGCAAGAAGAACUCUGCAUCAAUCAGGACGAAGAGCAACUUGAUCUGAAGCAGGAGACUGAAACCUUGAUGGAGAUUCCUACUUCUGAGGAGAGUGAGAACAGUGAAGCAGAUCUAAACAAUCAGCAGAGCUUUAAUGGAACUGAUAGUGAGGAUGAAGAAUUAAGCCAAUAUGAAGAAUCAACAUCAACUACAGAAGAAGAGACAGAAACACAGAACAGAGAUCAGAGAGAGAGAAGAGACAGAAGUCAUGUCCAAAAUGUGGACAACUCUCACAUGUCAGGAAGUCAGUGUGACUCUGAUGUUGGAAAACAUUUCAAGAAGGCAACUUUGAGUAAGAAAUGCAAACAACCCCCGAAAGAAAAUAGUCUAUCCUCUGUAAAGUCUGGUAAAGGGACAAGAAUUGCACACAGUACGUCUCUCCACAUGAGAACCGAGUCUGAUGAAAGACCUUAUGUCUGUGAGGAAUGUGGUAAAAGUUUUGGUAAAAACUCUCAGGUCAUAAUUCACAUGAGAACUCAUACAGGAGAAAAGCCCUUUUCAUGUAAGGAAUGUGAUAGAAGCUUUAGUAGAAUAUAUCACCUCAAAACACACAUGAGAACUCAUACAGGAGAGAAACCUUUUCCGUGUAAAGAAUGUGAUAAACGUUUUAGUCAAAUAUCUGUUCUCAAAAGACACAUGAGGACUCAUACAGGAGAGAAGCCUUUUUCUUGUAAGGAAUGUAAUAAAAGUUUUCGUCAAAUAUCUAAUCUUAAAACACACAUGAGAACUCAUACAGGAGAGAAGCCUUUUUCAUGUAAUGAAUGUGAUAAAAGUUUCCGUCAAAUAUCUAAUCUAAAUAUACACAUAAAAACUCAUACAGGAGAGAAGCCUUUUUCUAGACAAAAAUUGUAAUAACGAAUGAAGUAAAAAUCCUGCAACUUAAAAAAAAAGAAGGAAUACUCACAGCACAGGACUCGUACUGAAAAACAUUAGUGGUUUGAAUAAGAAGGUUGAAAUAUUGUGAUUUUAUUUACCAGGUAAUAAAAAAUCUAAGUUUUAGAAUUAGAAUUUAAAAUGUGAAUAACAGGGUUCCCUGCAGGGUCUUAAAAAGGUUGAAUUUGAAAAUUUGGUAAUAAGACCUUAAAAAGCAUUACAUAAGUCUUAAAUUUUGAUAUUUUGGUCAUUAAAAUAGUGCAGUUUAAUACUUUUUCCAUAUGACUUUUCUGAUCCAAAGAUUUUUUUUUUAGAUAGGAUUGUAUAAGUAAAGCGCAGGGAAGAUCGUUCAAGAGGAAGAUUACAAGUGAAGAUGAAGAUGUACAAGCUAAAAUUAGAAGAAAAUCAGAAAGGAGGUGCAUUCUCUGUAUUUAUCAAGUUCUUUAGUACAACAAUCAAUUAAAUAUUUGCUUUUGUUUUCAACAAAUUGGAAUAUUCCAGUAAGUCCAGUUGCCAAAUGCCUGUAUGAAUUCGUCCAUGUUUAUAGUCUCUUAAACCUACUUUGACUGAUCUCAAAUUCUGGAUUACAGCGAAUCCAUCAGCACUCUUCUAUUAUUGUUCUUAUUAUUUUUUUAUUUAUAUCUUUUGUGUUUUAUUUAGCAAAAAUACAACGUCAGAGACAACUGUUUACACACAUUUGGCUUAUUAGUCUCUGAUAAUUUCACUGCACCUAAAUGUGUGUAAUGAAGUAAUGAAGGUUUUCUGUAGUCUAGUAAUUGUAAUUUGAUUGAAGAGCUGAAUAAAGCAUCUGUGCUUGUCUCAGAGUUUGGGUUACAGAACCGCGCCAUCAGGGGAGGCAGUACGGCAAGCCAAAAGGAUCAGAAGUUGCUUGGAAGAGCUGGCAUGGCAGCGCCUAACCUGCACAUGUACCACUGAUAAAAAUAAUUAUUUUAAAUAUUUAAAUGUUAGUUUCAAUACUACAAUUAAUACAAAAAAUAACGAAAGUUUAACUUUAAAUUUUUCAUUUCAGAUUUAAUUUUGUACAUUGAGGGUGGGGAUGGAAAGGAAAAAUAGCACUCCAUUUUUGUAGAUUUGGUCUCCAGACAUGUAAAUGUAACCAGAAACGUAUUCAAACUCGAGUUGUGUCAGUCAAAUGUAUUAGUUUUACAGGUAUGGAAAAUCGUAAAAUAAGGUACUUUUUUCCCCCCAAAAAACGAAAGCUCCACGAAAGCUGUCAGGAAUCCAGUUUAGUCUAACUACACUCCACCUGUCAGGAAAGACCUGACAGGUGGAGUGUAGUUAGACUAAACUGGAUUUCUGUUGUAAUGUUGCAAUUGAUGGUCCUAACCAAGAGGUUUUUGACUACCAAGAGUUUCUGAAAAGGUUUUAUAAGAUGAAACAUUGAUGAGUCAAAUGCUCUGCUACAGACUGUUCUCUGUACAAAUGAGUAUCUGAGUAGUAAUGAGUAAAUGUUUGUUGUACAAUCCCAUGUUCAGUAAAUGUCCAUAGAUCUGUUAGUUUCCAUGAGGUGUUAUUUAUUAAAAACCACUUAGAAGAAAAUAAAGAAAUAAACUUGAAAUAAUACUAAUUUGUCCUUUAUUUAUGCAAAAAUACCUGCUAAAAUAGUCAAUUUGUAAUACAUUUGCUUGGGGAUGCAAAAGUUAAGGUAUACGAAUCUGAGGCUGUGAUGAGACACCACCAACACCUUAUUUUUAGCCAGGAAAAACUCUACAUAUUUGGAUACAGUUUACUCUGAAGCCUCGUUUUCACUGAACGGUAAGGUCUGGUCUGGUGUUUUAAAAAGUUUCUAUUGUAAAAUGGACCCAUUAAACCAAACCAACCUCUUUGGUGGCCCCCAUUGGUUGUACGUAUAUUGAAAAGUGGACCAGAACUGUUGUGGUAGAGCUGCUGUAUUUUUUGUCAAUAAGCCACAAUGAUCACAUAGCUCAAAAUAAAGGAUUGUGUAAUGAUUGUACACAUCAUGAGUCAGUCUUUUAGAUUUACAGAAAUGUGAAGUUUUGAAUUAAGACUUGAAUUAUGAACGAUGUAAGAUUACAUUUUUAAAGACAUUUUCAUCAUGUCCAGUUUUUGUUGGUUAAUUUUUAUUAGUAGAUUUUUGUAUUUUAUUAUAUUGUUUAAAGAUGUUAAGUUAACCAUUGUGGCUGCAGUUAACGCUGAGACAAUGUGUGUAUUACCAUGACAACACUAGUUAUUUCUACACCUCUCGAAUUCUAACACUCAGUAUUGUUCCAGUAUUGUUUUAAAUAUAAAAUAAUUGCAGUUCAUAUUUUGUUCAGUCAUGUUGGCAAAUAUCAGUUUUGUGUUUGUCUUGUGAUUCCUGUUUCAGAGAUCAGAAGUGUUUCUCUGUUUUUUUCAGUUUCCAGUGUUCUGUCUCAAUCUUUCCUGUGAGGAAUAAAGUGGACGUGAACAUCA